GAAUUUGCGACGCCUGGUGAUGAGAAUUCUGAAAAACCAAGUGGCGGACAAAAAACAUUCCCAAGGAAAUCCAACGAACCAUUCCGUCGUGUGACAAUAACGAAGGAUUCCUUACCGGAUAAAUUUAAGGAUAACUCUUACAAUAAGUCACAUGAUCAGUGGGGAGCUAAAGCACACGAAGCGUUGAGCAAAGUGCAAGGAAAGGGAUUCCGGCAUGAGAAAACGAAAAAGAAGAAGGUGAUUUGGCCAUGUUCUAACUUCAUUUGUUCUCUAGGGAAGUUAUGGUGGAGGACCAAUCAGCACGGCCAAAUGGGAAAACGAAACGGAGACGAAAGUUUAGCGGAUGCUUCUCUAAACGAAAGUGCUUUAGUGGAUGCCCCAACAACUGCUAAGGAUGAGUAUGAACAUCUUUGUUCUUUGGUGAACGCAAUAGCGAAACCACUAGCGAGUAGGAAGUUGGCCAAGAAACUGUAUAAAUUGGUGAGGAAGUCGGCCAAACAUCAACAUUAUCUUCGUCAGGGUUUGAAAGACGUUCAUAAGGCAAUCCGUAAAAACGAGAAGGGUAUUAUGGUCCUUGCAGGUAACGUGACCCCAAUAGACGUUUAUUCGCAUAUUCCUGCGUUAUGUGAAGAACAUGAAAUACCGUACGCUUUCACACCAUCACGGGAACAGCUGGGCUUAGCAGCAGGUCAUCGGCGUCCAGCUAUCAUACUUCUUAUUCGGCCCCAUGCUGAUUACAAAGAGUUGUAUGAUGAGGUCUACGAAGUCGUUAAUGCUCUCGUCGUAGAAUGA